AUGAUCUACAGUUGUGUGGUGGGAGGCACAGGCAUUUUGGCCAUCGCUCAGGCUGUCAGCGAGGCAGGUUGGAUUGGACUGUUUUUUCUGUGUCUGAGUGCCUGUAUGUCACACUUUACAGGUAUCGUCUUGAUUCAAUGUCUCUACUACAACGGCCACAACAGCCGUCGAUUAAAAGAUUACAGUGAUAUCGGGCACGUAGCCUUUGGUAGAACAGGCCAGAUCAUAGGCUGGCUCAUCUCUCAACUCUUUCUGAUCUUGACACCCACGAUUUACAUCACGAUGGCCAGUGAAAAUAUAGCUGAAGUACUCUUUGAACAUGGGCUCGUCUAUCUCGAUAAAAACAUGAUUGUUUGGCUACUCCUUCUCGUCAUUGGUCCACCCUUUGUGUUGGUUCGAAAUAUGAAAGAUGUUUCUUUGUUUAGUACGUUUGCGUCGAUUUGCACUGUUUGCUUAUUACUCGUCGUGAUAGCUGCCUCGUUAUCCACCAGCAAUGUACAAGUCGCCUAUGCGGAAAUGCCUCAUGUCGUGGCCAUUCCUCGAAAGAUCCCCAUCGCUUUUAGCACCUUUACUUUUUCUUUCUGUGGACAUGUCAUUUAUCCUCAUCUGGAAGAGUCUAUGGAGACACCCGAACGUUGGCCCAAAGUACUCUUGAUAGCCACCCUCGUGGUAGGUAUCAUGUACCUACUGAUAGGUACUGUAGGCUAUUUUAUAUUUGGUCCCUAUGUUCAGACGCCCAUCUACAAAAGUUUGACGAAUGGACACCUACGUUACUUGGCCAUGAUGGUGAUCACCCUUCAUGUGAUCUUUGCCAUUCCUUUCUAUCUGUACGUGUUUACCAUCAAAAUUGAAUCAUGGUUAGGUAUACAAUUUGCCCAAUUGAAAUUAAAGCAAUAUACUCGAUACAUGGUGCGUGUGGUAGAACUCGUCUUUUGCGGCGCUGUCUCCAUGUUGAUCCCACAAUUCUCGACUUUGAUGGCUGUGGUGGGAACCGUCUUGGCGGAUACACUGUCCUUUGUUUUGCCUACUGUUUUUUGGAUCAAACUGAAUUGGCAUCUUCAGCCAUCCUAUUCAACCAUGGGACUUUGCAUCAUCUUAGGCUUCAUCGGUAUUGUAUGUGCAGUGAUUGGUUCCAUCGAUGCCGUUGACUCGUUUAUGAAAGACUACCAUGCAUGA